AUGACCUUGUUAGUGGGUGGUUUUGAGUCCCCCGUUUUAUUCGGCUCUGGAGUAUCAAAUUGCUUCAUUACACCGGAGCAUGCCGAGAGGAGUGGCAUCCGGAGUAGCGCGGGCGAGAGUGCGGGCAUGGUCAAGGUGGCGGGAGGUGGAUUCUUGUCUACUUUGGGCCGUGCUAGAGGAGUCGAGAUCGAGAUUGCGGGGCAGUCAAUGCCAGCAGAUUUGGUCAUCAGUCCGGUGGAGCUGUAUGAUGUUAUUCUCGGGAUGGACUGGUUGUCUUACUACAGAGUUCAUAUGUAUUGCUACAGAGGCAGAGUCGUCUUUGAGUGA